UUUCUUACCGCGCUCCCGCUGAGGAGAUGAAAUACAUCAUAGGCAUCGGAGGGGUCACCAACGGUGGCAAAACCACGCUGACCAAGAGGCUCGUCAAGGCGCUGCCCAACUGCUGCGUGGUGCACCAGGAUGACUUCUUCAAGCCACAAGAUCAAAUAGAAGUCGGGGAAGACGGCUUUAAACAAUGGGAUGUGUUGGACUCCUUGGAUAUGGAGGCAAUGGUGAGCACUGUGCGUGCCUGGAUUGAGAACCCAGUGAAGUUUGCCCGUUCCCAUGGGGUGAAUGUUACGCCUGGCUCUAAAGAGCCAGCCUCCAAAGAUACCCAUAUAUUGGUCAUUGAAGGCUUCCUGCUUUAUAAUUACAAACCACUGAUAGAUCUCUUUGACUUGCGCUACUACCUGGCAGUUCCAUAUGAUGAGUGCAAAAGGAGGAGAAGUACACGUAACUACACCGUUCCUGACCCACCGGGUCUCUUUGAUGGACACGUCUGGCCCAUGUACUUGAAACACAGGAAAGCAAUGGAGGACUGUGGUGUUGAUGUUGUUUAUUUAGAUGGGCUCAAGUCCCGAGAUGAACUCUACAACCAAGUCUUUGAGGAUAUUCACAACAAGCUUUUGAACUGCUGACAGGAUCUCAAAGACCUGGAAGACCUGUGUACAGCGCGAUGUAAAUAGUACUGCAGUUGGCAGGAGGGUUUAUUUGUGUAAACUCAUCCUAUACUGUCCUUUGGAAAGUAUCUUUUGUAUAUAAUUGAAGAAUGAAGGUAACUUAUUCACACCUCUGAUGGACAGGAUUGGUUUGGUGGUUUUGUUUUUGUUUUUUUAACUUUCUUAUUUUGUAUUCCUCUGGCUUAUCCCGAAGUUGAAAGUGCAUUUUUAUAAUGAACAAGUAGAGCUACGCUGGGAGAAAAACUGGCUCUUCUGCUCAUGUGCUUCUGCAGACAUGGAGUCUGUCUGCAACAGCUUGUUUGUAACAUCUCAAUUCAGUAAAAACCAAUUUCAAGUCUU